AUGAACCACACAUCGUACCAACAGCCAGGUCAGAUCGGUCAAUCUGCGAUGGGGCAACCUGCUCGGGGCCGGCAGAUCUGGGACUUGGCGUCGCAGACGAACGCUUUCGGGAACGUCGCAUAUACUGCUCAGCUUGGCCUCUCUUCUCAGGUGCCGCAACAUGCUGCCCAGCAAAUGACACAAUAUCACCUUCGACUGCCAGAAUCGACGCCGCAGUCCAGCAUCCAACGUCCAUUCGAGGGACAGUACGAAUACCCGCAGCUACACCAAUCUCUCCCCAUUUUCUCCCCAUUCCAUAUCCGACCUCACGACACUGGUUCCGCAAUCGACGACUGGGACUUGCGCCACCCCGCGACGCCCUCUAUCACCAUGUCCAGCGGAACGAGUGCUAGCGCUCGUGAGACAGGGAUCCCGGAGUCAUCUCGCUCGUCUCAGGCCGCACCUUCUCACUCACUAGGUCAGCCUAGGCCGAUUUUGCCGCUGCCAUCUCGUGCGUCACAUCAGAACUUCGAGCCCAUCGCACAUCGCCCAGUUCACUCCCUCGACCCCCCUCCGACUCCCGACUCUAUGACCGAUGACGACCUUCUGGACAUGCUGGAGCAGAGCUCCCAGCGGGUGGAUGGGAUGCUCGUGGGCAUACAGGACAGGACAGCGGGCACUUCGUCUACGGCCCCGUCGGGCUACUCCACCCCGCCUUCCUCCUCUGACGUGCUAUCUUUCUUCGCCGGUACCUCUCCUCCCGUCCCUGCUUCCUCUCUCGAUCAUAUGCCCCGCCCGCACUCUUGGUGGCAUGAUGAGUAUGGCAAGGACGUGUACGAAACUCUGUUUGGGGUCGGUUUUUCGACAUUCCUCGACGACUCCCACUCGGGUCAGUCAAGCACUACUCAGCAGCUUGAGUACGACCCUGACGACGUGCCCGCCCCAUGGUCACCAGCCCCCGCACCGAAGAGGAAGACUACCGCGCCGUAUACGCAGGGGAGAGAGAAAAGGGCCAGGAAGGACGACCCUCAGAAGCCGAUGGGCUGGGAAGACUCGACACGCUCGACCGCAUCCCAGGUCCAGCGAAACACCAAUAUAAUAUCGGAAGCAUCCACAAGUCAGGGUGUCCCAACAAGUGACGAAACUUUCCUCUCUUACACAGGUGUCAACACCGGAACAGCGAUGCCUGCAGAGGAGGAGACUCGAGAGGAGGGGGAGGAGGAGGGGGAGAGGGUGGGCCCGAAGUACAAGCCCCAUCUCUGCAGGAUAGAGGGUUGCAAGUGGAAGGAGUCCUUUAAUCGCAAGAGAGACUACUAUCGCCAUAUCUGCACCAAACCAGAACACGAGGCGGAGCGCUCUCUCCCUGGCUGGAGGCAGCGACAUGGGAUCCCAGAGGAUUUCAAGGAUAUUCUAGUGUUCUGCCCGGUGGAGAACUGUACGCAACGCUACCACGGGAUGAGGAAGGAUACGAUGAAAACCCAUUUGUGGAAGCAACACCGAAUCGGUGAACCGCCGAAGAAGAGGCCGAAGAAGUGUUGA